AAGAAUCAUAUAUCAUGUAUAGCAUUAUAUUUACACUUCGAAAAAGAUAACCCUGUAAAUAACAAUUAUACUAGAUCUAUAAUUUUGCAAAAUGUAAAAGAUACGAAUACUGAAGUGAAUUAGUUUUAUGUAGUAUGGAUUACUUGUUAAUAAUGUACUAUACAAAUUAAGAUGGUUAAAAGUUCUUUAUGUUAUCGCGGUAUACGUAGUUUGACUCUGGAAAAAUAGAUGCCAAUUGUUGUCUAAUUAGAAUAAUUAAAUCGAAUUCACAAAUUCGGAAAUGUCGCGCGAUGACUGUAGAAAGUACUUGCGUUUUUUAGAACUUGAUGCAUAUGCAAAAAUGGUAUCAGUUUUAAGAGCUCAAGGUUCUUUGACUGACGAAAAGCAAAAACUACUGGAAGAAAUAGCAACUGUUCUACAUAUAUCCAAAGAUCGGCAUCAAGCAGAAAUAAGGAGAGCUGUAAAUGAUGAUAAACUGUCAUUGGUUGCAGAACAGUUGUUUGGCCCAAAUACUGAUUCAGAAUGGACUGUGGAAGGGCGUAGAAUAGUUCCUUUAUUUCCAAGACUGAAAGGUCGUACUGCAUUUACCACAUUUGCAAAUAGUAUAUCAUUGACUACUGCUAUGGCUAAUGAAAGGCAACCUCAUCUUGUAAAAAAGAAAGAAGUAAAAUAUAAGAAUGAAUCUCAUAGCCCAGUCAAAUAUGAUGAAAAAUCGUCAAACAGUGAUAGUAAAAAUAUAUUUACCACGAGAAAAAGAAAAAGAUCAUCACAAGAAUUUCAGGUAUGAAUAAUGGCAAAAAUUCUAAUGUAGAUACAAGUUCUAUUCAAAUAUAAAAGGGCCAUGUAAUUCAGAAAAACUUUGCUCUAUCUUACCAGUCUCAAAUCAGGGUUUUGCAAAUAAGCAGAAUACAGAACAUAAUCUAUUAGAUGAACGUCAUGGCCAUAGAUGUAAAGAAUAUAAAAUAUUUUAGUUAUUAAAUGAAGUAUGUGGAUACCUGUAAAAAAGUUUUGUAUUAUAUCAACACAUAACUUAAUUACCUGGAAUUUUCAUGUAUAAAGUAAAAUAUUUAUUACAAAAAUCAAAUGUUAAAUCUACUAUUUUGUAUUAUUUUGUAAAAAAAGGUAAAUUAAGGUUUAAAGAAUGAAAAAUUUAUUACUUACUUAUACAUAAUGUACAAAAUAAAUUUUUAUACAAAAUAAAUUUUUGCUUUUGA